GAACCAAGCGGGCGUGGGGAGCAAUUGAUGCUCUUACCCCAAAUCUCAGCCUUGGCGACUCGUAUUCUGAUAGAACCCCCCGCCCCCCCCUUCCCUCCGACACUGCGGGCUGUAUUCUGGCCUCUGCCGCUGACCCUAUGGCCUGGUUCCUGGAAUCCCACUGGGGGAUGCGGACCGUUCCAGACAGAAGAGCCGGGUCCUCACCCCACCAUAGGGCUGUAACUCGAGCCGUCUGCUGCCCACCCCUUCCCACUCCGCCCCAGCUCUGCGAUCCAGAUCCCUACGUCGCGCGGCCCCUUGUGGCCCUAACCCGACUGCAACUCUGCCAUGGGCUGCCGGGCCUGUCUCAGUCCGGAGGCGUCCAGCGCUGUACAGGGCCGCUGGUUGGGGGCUGUCCUGAGCGGGUUGUGCCUUCUCUCUGCGCUGACAUUGCUGGAGUGGCUAGGGCCACCGACAGAGACAGCCUGGAGUGCAGCUCAGGGAAAUGUAGAUACGCCAAAGGCAGGUGGCUCCACUGCCCAGGUACCCAGCCUAUUGACCAUGCUGGUAACUCGAAGACGACGCUACACGCUGACACCAGCCAGGCUGCGCUGGGACCACUUCAACCUCACAUACAGGAUUCUCUCCUUUCCACGGAACCUUUUAAGCCCGGAGGAGACACGGCGGGGCCUGGCGGCUGCCUUUCGAAUGUGGAGUGAUGUUUCCCCAUUCAGCUUCCGUGAGGUGGCACCUGAGCGCCCCAGUGACCUAAAGAUAGGUUUCUACCCAGUCAACCACACUGACUGCUUGGUCUCUGCUCUGCACCACUGCUUUGAUGGUCCCACAGGUGAACUGGCCCACGCUUUCUUCCCACCCCACGGUGGCAUUCACUUUGAUGACAGCGAGUACUGGGUCUUGGGCCCCACUCGCUACAGCUGGAAGAAAGGUGUUUGGCUCACAGACCUGGUGCACGUGGCUGCCCAUGAGAUUGGCCAUGCACUGGGACUGAUGCACUCACAGCAGGAGCAGGCACUCAUGCACCUCAAUGCCACACUGCGAGGCUGGAAGGCACUGUCCCAGGAUGAGCUGUGGGGAUUACACCGACUCUAUGGAUGCCUGGAUCGGAUUUUCGUGUGUGCAUCCUGGGCACGAAAGGGAUUUUGUGAUGUCCGCCAGAGGCUCAUGAAGAGGCUCUGCCCCAAAAGCUGUGACUUCUGUUAUGAAUUCCCAUUUCCCACGGUGGCCACCACCACAUCACCCACAAGAACGAAAACGAGGUUGGUGAGAGAGGGUAGGAACAUGACCUUCCACUGUGGACAGAAGAUCCUACACAAGAAAGGCAAAGUGUACUGGUACAAGGACCAGGAGCCCCUGGAGUUCUCCUACCCUGGCUAUCUGGCCCUGGGCGAGGCACAGCUGAGCAUCAUAGCCAACGCAGUCAACGAAGGCACCUACACGUGUGUGGUGCGGCAGCACCAGCGUGUGCUCACUACCUACUCCUGGAGGGUCCGAGUGAGGAGCUGAGCCUGCCCACAGCCUCUGUGCUGGAAGCCAGCAGAUAAAGCACGUUCUCUCUAA